UAAUUCUACGAUUUCACUGUAUUCAAUACACAGCGUGUUUCUAUAACUUGCCUAGCAACGGCCUAGCAACAAUCAACAAUAAGACAUAUAUAAGGCGUGUUUACCGUGGAAGUGCAAUAUAGUUCGGAGACGCCUAGUGAGAAACAACCUCGCAAAACAAACCAACUAUGUCGACUUUUUUCGUUCUCGUAUUGAUAGUUCUAUCCGUCAAUAAUGUUUUGUCGCUGGAAUGCUACAGGUGCGCCCAGCAGUACACAGAUGAUGAUCAACGCAUAGCAAAUGAUAACGGCGACUGCUUGGAACAAUACUCCUGCGACGACACGGACCUGUUCGAUAACGGGCUUAUCAAGCAUGUUACACUAGUAUCGACUACCGAAAAGACGUUGGUAAGCUGCAGAUUGAAAAGGGAUGUUUUAGACAAGGCUACAACCAAUUCUCUUAUCAAGAUUGCGAGACCUACGCUGCGGCUAAGGAAGUGAACUACCACUGCAACACCGACUACGAAGUUUGGGGCUGUUAUUAUUGUUGUACGACUGAUCUCUGCAACGACAGCGGUGUUGGUACAGUAACGUGCAGUGCAGUUAGUCUUCUGUUAGCACUGACGGUAUACUUGAUGCAUUCUCUUUAAAGGGAUACACGAAAUGUAGGGUGACACCUCUGUUUUCAGUUUACGUUUUUUUUGUUUCGAGUAACUGACACUGUAGAAUAGAAUAGAAUAGAAUAAGAAUUCUGAGACACGUCGCUGUUAGUCCGGACCUUGUCCAAUAGUGAAUUGCCUUGGUCAUCGCCGCCAGUAGGAGUCUUAAAUUGGCACAUCUACAACUUGAUAAAAGAGGAGGGGUAAUGACAAACACAGAUAGCUCGAUUGAUGGGUGUUUCGAAUGUAUACGCUUAGUUGACUGAUACAUUAAUACAACUUGUUAUUUUUUUUACCAUCACGAGUGUCUUCUCCUAGUUGAUGACAUUUACCGCUCGUUGGGCAUUAGUCUUCCAAACUAUGACAGCGCCCCCAUCGCUAGAUUGAACGCAAACUGAUUUCCUCUAAAGUGCCCUCUUUCCUAGAACGUUUUUUUUUACGAAUCAUCAAUAGACUAGUCGCCAAAAUCUAUUUUUAUAUUUCUCAAGAAUUAGCAAAUAAAUAAAAUAAAACCAUGUA